AUGUGUAAUGAAAAUUAUUUAAAAGAAUCAACAAGGCUAAUCAAAAAGGUUUUAUUUGUAAUAUUAUUUUUAGGGUUGUCCUAGAAAGAAUAUAUAAUUGUUAGAGAGAGUAAAAAAUAAUAAUUUUGGUUUAAAUAAAUAAUAAGAAAUGGAAAUUUUGAGAAGAUAAGUUUAUUCUUUAAACAAGAUUUUAGAGAGUUAUCUUAAUAGAAAUGCUUCCUUUUAUAAAAAAACUGCCUUAAUAGUAAUUAGUAAGGCAAAGUAAUUCUUGCAUUAAUGGUAUGAUUUGAUAAGAUUUUAAUUUAAACAUAAAAAGCCAAGUAAUAUAGCGUUUUAAUUUAUCAAAGAUAUUAAAAUGAUACAAUUUUUUUUAUAUGAACUUCUUAAAUAUACUUAGAAUAUGAGCAUAAAGUUUUAUAGAGAAGAAACUUAUCAUUUAUCAUAUUUUUAUUGUAAUGCUUCAAAAUAAAUGUUAGAAUACUUAAAUGGAUUUAAAUUUUAAGUAAUUAUUUUUAAUAUGAUUAGAUUUGGUAAUAUUCAUCAAGAGAAGUUUGGACUGAUAUAAUAAUGGGAAAUAUGCUAUUAUAAAAUUAGAAGUAUUAAUUUGAUUUCAUUAAACAAAGUUUUGAAUUAGCAAGUUUAGAAUUUGAAAACAGUUUAAUGAAAAUUCAAAAAAAUAUUUUGUAAAUAAUUAGUUAUAAAAUUGAAAAGAGUUUAACUAAAGAGGAGGUCAAAAAGUUUGCUAAUAGAUAAGUAAUAAAGUUAAAAAUGAAUUUAGAUGAUUAUGCUGUUUCAUAUAUUUUUUUUACUUUGCAUGUCUUAUCUAUAUUCAGAUAAUUUAUCAAAGUAUUAAGAACUUUUAAAAUUGCUUUAUUAUUUAAAUAAGCAUAAUUAGUAUAAUGGUGAAUAAUCUAAAUUACUAAAAGAUUUUAUUAAGUAACAUAAUCACAAAUUGUAAAUUUACUUAUAGGAGUUAGGAGAGAUAUAAAAAAUAAUGUCAUUAAUGUAUGAUAUUCCAGAAACAAAGGCAGAAGAAAAACCUAAUUAUAUUGAUGAACAUUUCUAUAAAAAAUAUCAAAUUAAAGAAUUGAAUAAUUAAGCAUUUUUUAGAACUAAUUUUUAAUGUAAAUAAAUUGUCAAGAGAUGUUCUAUUAUUUUAAAAGGGAGAAAUAAUAGAUAAAAUAGUCCAACUGUGUAAUAAAAUUAACCAAUAUCCUAAUAUUAUGAUACAACAAUUAAUAUCAAUUUGAAACCAUCUCAAAAUCAUUCUUAAUCUCCAAACUUAAAUAGUAAAUAAUUGUCAUUCCAUAAAAAGAACAUCAAGAAAGAAAGUUUUUCAUAUAUAAAAUCAGAUAGAGAAUCAAUGAAAUAUUUAGAUACAAAAAUAUAAGGAUCUUUAAGAAAAGAAUCUUUUUAUUCUUAUAAUGAACUUAGUAAGGAUAUGGAAACUAAUAUUUCAAUAUAUAGUGAUGAAUAGAAGUAGUUAAAAACUGAUAGAUCAUUAUUAAGAUCUAAAAGCACUAGAGACAACAAAAGAGAAAUAAAUUAAUAAACAAAAAUGGCAAUAUUUAAUUUAAUUGAGGCAAAAUCUUUGUAUUAUAUGGAGGUUUAAAAGGCAAAUUCUAAAUUAAAGAAUAUAAAAUCAUUUAAAGAUUAAUAAUAAAAAAAGAUGAUAUCUGAUAAUUUAAUAUCUAAUAUGAAAUAUAUUUAAAAGUAACCAUCUAUGAUAAUUAGCACAGAAUAAUAAGAGGAGAAAGAUGAAAAUCAAAUUUAUAAAGAAGUUUUUAAUGUAAUCUUAUUUUUCAUUUUUUAAUAGGACCUUAAAAAAUUAGCUGAUAAUUAUGUAAGCAAAUUAUAAAUGUAUGAAAAGUCUUCAACUCGAUAAAGAAUAUAUACUUAAUAAUAAUAGGGAAUUAAUUAAUAAUAAAAUGGGAUUGCAGCUAUUGCAAAAGCUAAAGAAUUGUCAAAAUCAAUUCUGUAAUAAAAAGAAUACUUUUGA